GUAGUUCAAGGCUGGAAAAGCCCGGAUGUCGAGCGCGCGCAAGGAGGCUGCGGCUUCAAAGACUGAGCCGCAGAGACACUUGGGAGGUACAGCUCGCGCUGGAGUACGCAGGCGCAGACCGCUGGCCAGUGGUCGAAGGAUGCGAGUUGAUUUGUUUUUGAGACUGCAUGCGACUUUGGAGAGACGAUAGAACUGCCUCUUUUCCAAAGAGGAACCUAAAGGAAGACUGGUCACCUCUUGCAAAUCUCAAAACCAUGGCUCAGGCAUCAGUGUCAUUCAAAGAUGUGACUGUUGACUUCUCUCGGGAGGAGUGGCAGCACCUGGAUCCUGCUCAGAAGACUCUCUACAUGGAUGUGAUGUUGGAAAACUAUUGCCACCUCAUCUCUGUAGGGUGUCACAUGACCAAACCUGAUGUGAUCCUCAAGUUAGAACGAGGAGAAGAGCCAUGGACAUCAUUUACAGGUCAUACCUGCUUAGAAGAAAAUUGGAAAGAUGAAGACUUUUUAGUGAAAUUCAAGGAAUACCAAGAUAAGUUUUCUAGAUCAGUUGUAUUCAUCAACCACAAAAAACUGGUUAAAGAGAACAGUAAUGCAUAUGAAAAGACAUUUACUUUAAGCAAAAACCCUAUUAAUUCAAAAAAUCUACCUCCUGAAUAUGAUACUCAUGGAAAGAUUUUUAAAAAUGUUUCAGAAUUAAUCAUCAGUAAUAUAAGUCCUGCAAGAAAGAGACUUAGUGAGUAUAAUGGAUAUGGGAAAUCACUUCUCAAUACUAAACCAGAGGCAGCUCAACCUGGAGUCAAAUCCCAUAAUCAGCGUGGCAGGGUUGUCAGUCAUAAUGACGUACUUAUACAAUAUCAUAAGGUGGAAACUCAAGCACAGCCAUUUGGAUAUAAUGACUGUGAGAAAGCCUUCCUUAAAAAAGGAGAAUUAAUUACACAUAAUAGAGCUUACAUAAGGGAAAACCCAUCUGAAUACAAUAAAAGGAGAAGAACAACCAAUAUUGAAAAAAAACAUACAUGCACUGAAUGUGGGAAGUCCUUCUGCAGGAAGUCAGUAUUGAUUCUGCACCAGGGAAUUCACACAGAGGAAAAACCCUAUCAGUGCCAUCAAUGUGGAAAUUCAUUUAGAAGGAAGUCAUAUCUCAUUGAUCAUCAAAGAACUCACACAGGAGAGAAACCCUUUGUUUGUAAUGAAUGUGGUAAGUCCUUCCGUCUAAAGACAGCCCUCACUGAUCAUCAGAGAACACAUACAGGGGAAAAAUCAUACGAAUGUCCACAGUGUAGGAAUGCCUUCAGAUUGAAGUCACACCUCAUACGUCAUCAGAGAACUCAUACAGGAGAGAAACCAUAUGAGUGUAAUGACUGUGGGAAGUCCUUCCGCCAGAAGACAACACUCUCUCUACAUCAGAGAAUUCAUACAGGAGAGAAACCCUAUAUUUGUAAAGAAUGUGGAAAGUCCUUUCACCAGAAGGCAAACCUUACUGUACAUCAGAGAACUCAUACGGGGGAAAAGCCCUAUAUUUGUAAUGAAUGUGGAAAAUCAUUCUCCCAGAAGACAACCCUCGCUCUUCAUGAGAAGACUCAUAAUGAGGAGAAACCCUAUAUUUGUAAUGAAUGUGGGAAGUCCUUUCGCCAAAAGACAACCCUUGUGGCACAUCAGAGAACGCAUACAGGGGAAAAAUCCUAUGAAUGUCCUCACUGUGGGAAGGCCUUUAGAAUGAAGUCAUACCUCAUUGAUCAUCACAGAACUCACACAGGAGAAAAACCAUAUGAAUGUAAUGAAUGUGGGAAAUCCUUCAGUCAGAAGACAAAUCUGAAUCUGCAUCAGAGAAUUCAUACAGGAGAGAAACCCUAUAUUUGUAAUGAAUGUGGGAAGUCCUUUCGCCAGAAAGCAACUCUCACUGUACAUCAAAAAAUACAUACAGGACAGAAAUCCUACGAAUGUCCUCAGUGUGGGAAAGCCUUUAGCAGGAAGUCAUAUCUCAUUCAUCAUCAAAGAACUCAUACAGGAGAGAAACCAUAUAAAUGUAAUGAAUGUGGGAAGUGCUUCCGCCAGAAAACAAAUCUCAUUGUACAUCAGAGAACUCACACAGGAGAGAAACCCUAUAUUUGUAAUGAGUGUAGUAAGUCCUUCAGUUAUAAGAGAAACCUCAUUGUCCAUCAGAGAACUCACAAGGGAGAAAACAUAGAAAUUCAAUAAAUGAUGUGAUCUCUUUGUGAAGCCUUUCCAAGUUAUUGUAAAUUUUUAGUUUAAGGGAAAAAAGCAUGCUAAAACAUUUUAAUAAGGUAAUUUUAAUCACAAAUGUAAUAAUAGUUAAAGUACCAACCACAGAACUGUCUGCUGUUUACUAGCACAUGUAAUAGAUAUGAUCAUUGUUAUCGAACUUUAUCAGAAAUGAAGCUAAUUUUUUAAUUUUUCAAGUUCUGUUCACUUAGAUUAUUUUUUUAAAGUGCUUACAUAAUAUAUGCAGAGACAAGAUACAAAAUGGUUAUAAUAUCAGUCUCCAUAAAAGAAAGAAAAUAUGAAAUAUAUUUCUCCUUGUGCUCUGGAAUAAAGAAUAACUGUUAUUUCCCCAAAGAUUACCAUGUCCCUGGCUUAUAACAUCAUGAAGCAGUCUUUGCAUGUCUAAAUUUUAUGUUUUAUCAUAUAUCAUGAAUUAUUUUGUGUCUUGUCUCAACAUUUUUAAGAUUCAUACAUUAUUGCAUGUGGCAGUAAUGUAUUCAUUUUCAUUGUGCAUACUCUUCCAUUUUAAGAAUAUACCACUAUUUAUCCUCUUGAUGGAUGUUUGUAUUUUUAUAAAUUUGUGUUGUAAUAAAAAUACUGCUCUAAA